CUUAGCUUAAUGUAGGCGAUGAUAUAUUGAGCCAUGUUUCUACAAGAGCAUUUUGGGAUUUAUAACUCAUAUAGAGAUGUAACCUGGAUAUACUGGGAGUAGCUGUACCUGGAUAUGCUGUUCCUAUGGAGAGUAGCUGAACAGUCCGGUGAAUGAAACGAAGGAUCUCGCCAGACAUGCUGGAGGAUGACAAUAUCUUCGACCUUAUCCCAAGACUUCAAGGUCGUAGGAUGGACGAUCAACGAUGUGAAAUGAGGGACGGCGAAUAUGAAUUAUCAGCGUUUUUAAAACCUAACUCCCCAGACCCCCCCUCAAAUCAUCACCCAGCAAUGGGGUAGUGGGGGAACGAGAACCCAUUAGGAAUGAUGGGGAAGGCCAACAUCAGCAAAUUUCAACAAUGAUGAAUAUGUUAGCAAACUCGCAAUCAAAACGCAUGGAUGAGCAAAGGGUAAGUCUGUCUGGACUUCCUGGGUUAAGGGUCAAUGAUGGCAUCAACGGCGAAAGAGUCAUCAAUCUGCAACAACCAGAUGGCGCUGCAGCUCCAUUACCAGUGGUUCUUCGACCAAGACUGGAAAAUGGUGGAAUACCAGGAAAUGAAAACAGACAUUCACUCGAUGACACAUUUUUUAACGCUCUCAUGAGAUGCCAGAGCACGAGGUUAAAUGACCAGCGCUCGUCACCUCCCAUAUUCGACACUCCGGUGCUGCUAACGCCCACUAUCCCAGACGAAGAUUGAUUGUUCGAAUGCAGUCGUCAAGAAUCGAGGACCAGCGCUGCCGUUUUAGUCCCAAACGGGAAUUCCCUCCUAAUGUGGACCCCGAUAAUGACGACAUAUCACAGUAAAUGUGGGACAUAUUUCGAUGCCCACCGUGGCACUAAAUGGUUGUUGUAAAUUUGUUCCGUGGCAUUUUUGUGAUGCCUUGCAAUGUUUUUCACUCAGUGGCAUCAGAUAUGUGCCAUGCCACUUGUCAUGCCGCACCUCACACUUUGCUGUGUUUUAUUACAUGAGAGCCAUGGCACCUACCAAACGGCAUCGAAUAGCCACCAUUGUUUUGCACAUUGUCUUUUAAAACAAUGACGUUUUAUAAAAAUUGUGGCAUCAAAAGUGUACUAAUGCCAUGUAACAUGGUUCCUGUGUUUCAGGCAGUGGCAUCAAAACAAACCAUGCCACCUACUAGCGUGGCAUGGAGAGAAUUAUUUUCAUUGGAAAGACACACACUGCCCUGAUACUUUGGAGACACUGAGGCAUUCAAUAAUGCCUUGAAAUCAAUUUGAUGCCCCAUUUAAAUGCCAUGCUGCCAUAGUAAAUAUCAUCCAACUAUGGGUUUAGGGAUUGACCUCCCAUUUUCUUUGUCAUGGUUAAGAUGCCGCUAACUUUCUGUGCCACCAUUAUAGAUGUUUUUGCUGCCAUGUAGUAAUUUUAUUUCUAAUUAUGUCACGCUUGAGCUAACAUUGUGCAGUUGUAGAAAUGAAAUAUUAAUUAUGCAUCAUAAAUACAGUGCUUGAAAUAAGCCAUUAAUUGUGAAGUAACCAACUACGGUCAGGCCUCUGAAGUAGGAAGAAAUUUACGCACUGACUUAAAAAAAUAUUUCGCAUGUAUGUAUAGUUAUUAGCCUCGAAAUUUGAAAGCGCCCACAUAAUUAAUUAAUAAUUAACAAGGCCUUAACUGGCCUAAGACACAGUUGUCUGACAUCUAUCUUUCUUUCACUAACAGAGCAACGGUUGAAGACUACCAUGUUGAAAUGGGACAACACACAUGGAAAUAUAGAAGUAAAACUCAAGCGCAGUGGUUCCCAAGUGGGGGCCCCGUAACCCCCCAAAGUGGCCACAAAGCAAUUGUAGGGGGGGCCACAACGUUAGGCUCAAAACUGAUCUUCUUUCAAUAUCAAUAAAACUAAAAUCGCAAAAAAAUUUUGAUACAUUUAAUAUCAUGAAAAAAAAACUUGUCAAACUCUGAAAAUUUAGGAUGUGCUCCCAAACACGAACUCUGAAAAAAAAGUCAUUCAGGUCUCAAAGAUUCGAAUAUCUACUUCCAGACUCAUAAAGUGAAGGGUUUCAAAAUAUCGAACAUCAAUGAAAUCGUGUCAAACUCUCACCCUACAGGCUGGCCUUCAUUACUAACAUCAGUGAAAAAAUUUAAUAAUCAAAACUUACAACUCUUCUACACAUUAGCUGCCUUAAUAGUUUUUAUUUCAACUUUGUGUCUGUUUAUUAAGUUUAGUUAAUUCCAGUACUAUUUCUCUGAAUAAUCAUUGAGGUGUGACUGGCCAGAAUAAUCUAAUGCUAAUGUAAUGGUGUCAGUGCUGCUAUUUUCAAGCUUCAAUACUAUUUCCUUUAAUAUUAAUUAUUAGGGCGUGACUGGCCAGAAUAUUCUCAUGCUAAUGUAAUGGUGUCAGUGCUGCUAUUUUCAAACUUCAGUACAAUUUCUUUUAAUAUAACCAUUGAGGCGUGUCUGGUCAGAAUUAUCUACUGUUAGUAUAAAGGUGUCAGUGCUGCUAUUUUCAAACUCCCUUAUUUUUGGUGUUGAAUCACACUGAAGUUAACUUGACCUCUUUUUUAACUGCUGCAUAGUUUUUUAAUGUGAAUAAUGUUUCAGAUUUCAUUUCUAUGAUCGUAAUUUGCAAAAAUCAGAAUCUGGAAAAAUGUAGUAAUUCACUAUUCUCAUACCUGAUUUAAGACCAGGGCUUCAGAGCCGGUGAAAUUUAUAAUCGACUGCCGACUUCAUGUUGGAAAAAAUUUUUCAUUCCAGCUGAUCGUAGGGAAAAAUUAAAUCUUGAUUAUGAAAUUCUGGCACCUGCAAGUUUCCUUAAUUGUUUAUUAAAACGGUGAGAUAAAGCAUACCCUCUAAAAAUGGCUCGGAACGAUAAUUUUUUUCGUGUGUGUGUGUGCACUCUUAUCGUGAAAACGUUAGUUUGAGUACUAACUUCUCAUUCACUGCUAUGUUUCUUUAUCAUAGAUGUGAGAUAGCUUUGGCAAUACAGUGGUUGCCUUUAAAGUUCACUACAAAUGAGUCUACGUUGCUUCUGAGUGAGUAUAAACACCUUGCUUUGAGCAAAUUAUUUCUCAGCCAAGUCGCUUCUGUACCGGGUCAAGGUUGAUGUUUAAUUAAUUCAACUUUUUUCAUUUUCUUCUUGUUUUAUUAACACUGUACUUCUUAGCCCGGUGAUGUUUAUUCAUUUUGAACUAAUUUUUUCUGUGUUGUUUUUUUUAUUUUUAUUCAUUUUGAGUGAAUUCUG